AUGGUGGCUCCGAUGCUAGAGACUUCUCACGUGUUUUGCUGUCCGAACCGGGUGCGGGGAGCUCUGAGCUGGAGCCCUGGCCUCGGAGGACUUCUGGCCUUCGGCACCUCCUCCUCUGUGGUGCUCUAUGACCCUCAGAAAAGAGUGGUUAUCACCAACCUGAAUGGUCACACUGAGCGAGUCAAUUGCGUACAGUGGAUUUGCAAACAGGAUGGUUCUCCUUCUACUGACUUAGUUUCUGGAGGAUCUGAUUAUCAAGUGAUUCACUGGGAGACAGAGAAUAACCAGCUUUUAAGAGCAGUCCACCUCCAAGGCCAUGAGGGACCUGUUAACUCCGUGUGUGCUGUUUACCAGAGGAGUGCUUCAGAUUCCACCCUCCAAACGCUGAUAGUUUCUGCAGCUUCGGAUUCAACUGUUCGCGUCUGGUUGAAAAAGGAUUCAGAAGUAAAAUGUCUUCAGACUUUGGAGUUUGGAGAUGGAUUUGCUCUGGCUCUCUCCUUAUCUUUUUUGCCCAACACUGAUGUACCGAUAUUGGCAUGCGGUGAUGAGGACUGCAAAAUUCACUUAUUUGUUCAACAGAAUAAGCAGUUUCAGAAAGUGCUUUCUCUGUCUGGACAUGAGGACUGGAUAAGAGGCGUGGAAUGGGCAGUCUUCGGUGGAGAUCUUUUCCUCGCAAGCUGUUCACAAGAUUGCCUGAUAAGAGUAUGGAAGCUGUAUGUAAAAUCGGCAUCUUCAGAAACGAACGAUGAUGAUUGUAUAAGAUUGAAAGAAAAUACUUUUACUAUAGAAAAUGAGAGUGCUAAAAUAGAAUUUGCUGUUACUCUGGAGACUGUACUAGCUGGUCAUGAAAACUGGGUAAAUGCAGUUCAUUGGCAGCCCUCAUUUUACAAAGAUGGUGUUCUACAGCAACCAAUGAGAUUGUUGUCCGCCUCAAUGGAUAAAACCAUGAUUCUCUGGGCUCCAGAUGAAGAGUCAGGAGUUUGGCUAGAACAGGUUCGAGUAGGUGAGGUUGGUGGGAACACUCUGGGCUUUUAUGACUGCCAGUUCAGUGAGGAUGGCUCCAUGAUCAUCGCACAUGCUUUCCAUGGAGCAUUGCACCUUUGGAAGCAGAAAGCAGCUAACCCAAAAGAGUGGACGCCCGAGGUUGUCAUUUCAGGACACUUUGAUGGCGUCCAAGACCUCAUGUGGGAUCCAAAAGGAGAAUUUAUCAUCACUGUUGGCACUGAUCAGACAACACGACUUUUUGCUCCAUGGAAGAGAAAAGGCCAGUCACAGGUGACUUGGCAUGAAAUUGCAAGGCCUCAGAUACACGGAUAUGAUCUGAAUUGUUUAGCCCUGAUUAACCGAUUCCAGUUUGUAUCUGGAGCAGAUGAAAAAGUUCUUAGAGUGUUUUCUGCUCCUCGAAAUUUUGUGGAAAAUUUCUGUGCCAUCACAGGCCAGUCAGUGAAUCACAUAUUUUGUAAUCAAGACAAUGAUUUUCCAGAAGGAGCUGCUGUUCCUGCUUUGGGAUUAUCAAAUAAAGCUGUCUUUCAAGGAGAUAUAACUCCUCAGCCUUCUGAUGAAGAGGAAUUCUUAAGUAAGUCUGGUUCUGAGUAUCACCAGAUGGCCUUUCAACCUUCCCUUCUUACUGAGCCUCCCACGGAGGAUCAUCUUUUGCAGAAUACUUUGUGGCCUGAAGUUCAAAAGCUAUAUGGACAUGGUAAUGAAAUAUUUUCUCUUGCUUGUAAUAAUUCAAAGACUCUGCUUGCCUCAGCAUGUAAGGCAGCCAAAAAACAGCAUGCAGUUAUCAUUCUUUGGAACACCACAUCUUGGAAACAGGCGCAGACUUUAAUUUUCCACAGUUUGACCGUCACACAGAUGGCCUUUUCACCAAACGACAGGUACUUACUGGCUGUUUCCAGAGAUCGGACCUGGUCAUUGUGGAGAAGGCAGGAAACAGUCAUAGAGCCCAUUUUUGUGCUGUUUGCCUUCACCAACACAGUCACUGGCGUGCACAGUAGAAUUAUUUGGUCUUGUUCCUGGAGUCCUGAUGGCAAGUAUUUCUUCACAGGGAGUCGAGACAGAAAGGUGGUUGUCUGGGGCAAGUGCGACCCUGAUAGUGACUCCUUCGACCACAGCAUUGGCCCUUGCUCCUCGAUCCUGGACGUGGGUGGGUCAGUGACAGCUGUCAGUGUCUGCCCAGUGCUUAGCCUUUCCCAGCGGUACAUUAUUGCAGUAGGAUUAGAGCGUGGAAAGAUUUGUUUGUACAGCUGGAAAAAGACUGAUCAAGUUCCAGAAGUAAAUGACUGGAUGCACUGCAUAGAAACAACUAACAGAUAG